AUGGAGUCGAUCUACUCUGAGAGCUAUUCCGGCGAGGAACCCCAUGCCUUUAGUCCAACUCCUGAGGAAAUUGCGAGCGGGGAGAGUGAACGGCGUUUCAGGUUCGCUGUAGGGUUGGACGAUAUCCCUGGAGAGGUCAAGGCCUUUGUUCGUUUGAACAGGCUAGGUCGCUUCAACGAAGCCGAAGAGUUUUUCGAGACCUCCCUUCAGGGGAAUAUUGACCUUUUCCCCGUCACAGCCGAGUGCGCGGACUUCCUUCUCGAGCAGGGUCUGUACGGCAAUCUUAGUCGAUUCCUCAGGAGUCAAAUGCUUGACCGAGAAUAUGCGAAGAGCGCGGACGAACAACCCGAAGAAGAGAGGCAUUUGUUGAAGCUGCUACUGGCACUCUCUGAGAUUCGCACACAGGGUUCUUUAAGCUCAGCACUAAAAGAGGCUAGAGCUGCGAAAUUGUUCUUACAGCGCAAAGGAAAAACUGCCGGAUCCCUUGAUGAAGUGGAGGUAUGA